AUGGUCCCCUGCCACCAAAUUUUAACCUGUGACAAGAUUCUAACAACAUUAUAUCUGCGCCGACAUUCCAGUACUGCUGCUCGCGCCUUACCAUUAACAAUGACCCCUUCACUGGCGCAGUUUUCUGCUACGAGGUUGCGAAGCUUUAUUUCUAGGCUGCCUCUCUUCACUCGAGCUGUGUUUCUAAUUAUCCUCCUAUUCUGGCUCCUGAGCAUUCAACCCAUCUGGAAUGUGUCGCAAUGGGGAGCUCUAAUACCAAGAGAGAUCAACUUAAAGUCUAUGUAUAGGAUAAAUACAUUUCCUCUGGUCCAUGUUGGCCUCUUCCACGCUCUUUCUAAUGUUCUUGCUCUAACCCCGUUGCUGGAAAGAUUUGAAGCCGAACAUGGUACACUUACAACACUUGUACUGUUUUUCGGUCCUUUAUCGACUAUCCCAGCGCUCUUAUACACGUUUAUAGAGACAAUUAUUCUGAAAAUGGAUACUCAGAUACUUGGAGCAAGCAUUUGGGUAUUUACUUUACUUGCGAUAGAGGCUAUGAAAACUUAUAAGACAUAUCCUCACUUCAUGCUUGGAUCUACGCCUAUCCCAACUUGGAUAUCACCUUUAGUAAUGGCAAUUUUUGUCUCAGUGUUAAUUCCAAAUACAAGCUUCCUUGGCCACUUAUGCGGUCUAGCUUUCGGUUACGGAUGGGGCCUCGGUUAUUUAAAAUUUCUUGCUCCUCCAGAACGAGCUCUAAGAUGGAUUGAGGGUAAGUUGAACCUACUAGGCAGACUGCCCCAUUACGUCUCUAUUGAUCAAAAAACAUACGGCCGCUUCGGCGUACUCCCUACAACACAUCAAAAGGUUGCGACUUGA